AUGGCCCUGGUCCUUUCUGGAGUCCCUCACACCACCUCGUGCUUGGCCAAGGGCACCCUGUGGGCACCCGAGGGCUCAUCUCUGAUUGUACCGAAUGUGAUGCCCAAGACGCUGGAUGGCCAGAUCACCAUGGAGAAGACCCCCAGCUACUUCGUGACCAAUGAGGCCCCCAGGCGCAUUCACUCCAUGGCCAAGGACACGAAGCUGAUCGUGGUGGUGCGGAACCCGGUCACCAGGGCCAUCUCGGACUACACGCAGACACUCUCCAAGAAGCCGGAGAUCCCCACCUUCGAGGUGCUGGCCUUCAAGAACCGGACUCUGGGGCUGAUUGACGCCUCUUGGAGUGCAAUCCGCAUCGGGAUUUAUGCCCUGCACUUGGAGAACUGGCUCCAGUACUUCCCCCUCUCCCAGAUCCUUUUUGUCAGUGGUGAGAGGCUCAUCACUGACCCAGCAGGGGAAAUGGCCAAGGUCCAGGACUUCCUAGGCCUCAAAAGGAUUGUGACAGAGAAGCAUUUUUAUUUUAAUAAAACCAAGGGGUUUCCCUGUCUAAAGAAGCCAGAGGACAGCAGUGCUCCCCGGUGCUUGGGCAAGUCCAAGGGUCGAACUCACCCCAAAAUAGACCCAGAUGUCAUCCACAGACUGCGGAAAUUUUACAAACCCUUCAAUGUCAUGUUUUACCAAAUGACGGGCCAAGAUUUCCAGUGGGAGCAGGAAGAAAGUGAUAAGUAGAAACACAAGAUCAGGAAAAAACCUUUUUUUUUUUUUGAGAUGGGAGUCAUCAUUUGAGACUCAAAACUCACUCGAGGCCAGAGGCUCAGCCCUGUGCGUUCCAGGCUCUUGCGCUGUCCGGGCUGCAGCCAAAGUUGCUCCGCGUGUCCACUUCUGAAACUGCAGUGGCUUGUCACCUCGGGCUGCUCUCGGGCUCUCCCCA